CCUCCGUGGAAGCGGUCUGGAUUUAGGACCGGGUCCCUCCUCGUGACGCUGUGGCCCGCAGCAGCUCUGGACAUCUUCCCCUUCAUGACACAGGCUGUUUCCUUCGGACGUUAAACGGUCCAUCGUUUUUCUUGCAGGAUCUGAGUGUUACAGAUGAGAGAAGAGAUGCUUUGCCUUCGUGACUCAGGCGACUGCUUACGGGAGCAGAUGCAGUAUAUGAUGAGGUCACUGCAAGACCUGAAACAGCUGCGGAAGGCCUGUCCUGCCGCCAGGCGCCCCCUCGCACCCAUCAGCAACCAGCUCCCAGGUUUAGUGCGCCACUCUGCGGUGGCACGUGCCUGUCAGCAGCGAGCGCUGCAACGAGAACAGCGAUCACGCCUGCGGAUGUCUGACGCCAGCACGGCCAGUACCUACGACUCCGCCUGCUGCCUGGCGAGCCCUCUGGAGGAGGAGGAGGAUGACUCGAGCAGCCGGCUGGGCCUGAGCCUCAGACUGGGCCUGGGCUCUCCCAGCAGUCAGAAAAGUUUGGAGUUCGAUUCAGGCUACUCUGAGGCGUCGUGGCAGGAUGAAGGGGUGGUUCUGAGGAGGACGAGGAACGUGCGGGUGUCAUCUUCAGCCUGCCUCCGCACUAACAGAGCCCCGAGCGGGCGCAUUCGACCCAAAUCCACCUCUGACGCCUGUCUGGAGAGGUGGACAUCGUUCGAGAUCAGCGACCCAGAGGACUGGACGAACUCUUUACUAACCAGAGGACGCAACCGCCAGCCUCUGGUUCUGGGCGACAACAGCUUUGCAGACCUCAUACAGAACUGGAUGGACUUGCCAGAUUGCCCCGAGCCCGCCGAGCUGAAGCCGAAUUCGAGACGCAGGCUGGGAAGAGGUUUCUUUGUCAACAUGAGGAGGAAACUGGUUGGGUUUUCUAAGAGUGUAGAGGACAGGGUGAGGAUGAGAUCGGCAGACUCUGCUCAUGUCAGCAGAGCUGCAAACGCUCCAAAACGGCUGUCCUGCCCAGUCGUGGCCUCGCAGGCCAAAGUCCCCUUUUUCCACCAGUCACACUUGGGCAUCAACGAGCUGGACACAGAUUUUUCCCACUUUGCGGCCCUCAUGAAAUCAGGCAGCCGACAGCCCAUAAUCUGCAAAGAUAUCAUUGGCUACAUCUGACUUUUCAUGUAAAGCCAUGUACAGACUGAAUAAUCCUCAGAGUCACUUUAUUUUUAUAUGACUGUUUUUUCACUUUUUAUAUGCUUUGACUAAGCUAA